CCUUUUCCGGUCAGUGGGUGGACAUGUCCCUCAGGUUCGUGCUUCCAAGCUCUUUCAGCCGAACUGGUUCCUCCGCGCCCAUCGCCGGGACUUGGGGUUCCCGCCGGGCUGCGGCGAAUUCUCCCGGCUGUGAAUUACCCUCGGAGCGGCCGCUGGGCUCCGCCUUCUGCUCGCCCGACCGGCGGUCGAGCGCAGGCUUGGAGCUGGGAGCGCGGAGGCAACACCCUCGCUCGCACACGGCAACCUGCUCCCUUCGGGGAGGGAUCCUCCGGCUCGCGCUCCCGCUCGCUCGGCCCCGCCGGCUGCCCGGCCGCGGGGAGCAGAGGGGACCGAGCCCUCGGCGCUGCCGGUGAGCAGUCCCGGCGAGAGGAGCGGCAGGAUUACUCAUGCGCUAAUUGCCGGUCAUUAAGUUAAGGAGACGUCCGGAGGGGAGCGCAGACUCCCGGAGGCAGGAGGUGUCUGGGGCCGGCUCCGCCUCGCACGCUGAGCUCGCUCGGCCCGGCCAGGGUUAAGUCUUCGGCUCCCUGCUGCCCGGCUGGCGGCCAGCUGCCUUCAGUGAGAGGCCAGAGUCCCUGCCAGGGAGCCGGGAGGCACGCCGCGGGCCAGGCUGGACCGCAUCGGGCCCCUCCCCCAUCACCGCCUCGAGGAGGAGCAGAAAGUGGGGGGGGGGGUGCGUGGUCGGCGCCCCCAGCCCGGCGCCCGGGUGGGCAGAGAGCCAGAGGGGCUGCGGGACACCGAGAUGGCCGAUGAGAUUGACUGGCUGGACUUGCCCGGCCGGUGGACCUACGGAGUUGACCGCGGUGGGAGAGUCUUCUUCAUCAAUGAUGAGGAAAAGUCAACCAGCUGGGUGCACCCAGGGACGAAAUCACCCAUCCAGAGUGGACACUCCUCCGGCCCAGGUUUGCCCAAUGGCUGGGAGAUGGAUUCCACCCCGGAAGGAGCUGUGUAUUUCAUCAACCAUAAUGAAAGACGGAACACAUUUCUACACCCACUGACUGGCCAGGUCCCAGAGGAAAAUAAAAAAUUCGACUUGAAAAUAUCGGCCUUGGACAUGUCCAAUAAAGCAGGUGGGAAACGCCCGACUACCACCAACAGCGACCUGUCCAACCACAGCAUGGUGUCCGAGGUCCCUCCCGAGCGGCCCAGUGUCCGGGCAACCCGGACAUCCCGCAAGGCCAUUGCUUUUGGCAAGCGCUCACACUCCAUGAAGCGGAACCCCAAUGCUCCCGUCACCAAGGCAGGCUGGCUCUUCAAGCAGGCCAGCUCCGGGGUUAAGCAAUGGAAUAAGCGCUGGUUCGUCCUGGUGGACCGCUGCCUCUUCUACUAUAAAGAUGAGAAGGAGGAGAACAUCCUGGGCAGCAUCCCCCUCCUGAGCUUCCGGGUGGCCGCCGUGCAGCCCUCAGACAACAUCAGCCGGAAACACACCUUUAAGGUGACUGUGUGCUGGGUGGACGAGGCUGGGGCCAGUUCCACGCACUGCCUCUCCCCACAGGCUGAGCAUGCUGGGGUCCGCACCUACUUCUUCAGUGCUGAGAGCCCCGAGGAGCAGGAGGCCUGGAUCCAGGCCAUGGGGGAGGCCGCGCGAGUACAGAUCCCUCCCACUCAGAAGUCGGUGCCCCAAGCUUCACGUCACAACCACGAGAAGCCAGACUCGGAGAACAUCCCUCCCAGCAAACACCAUCACCAGCCACCCCACAACAGCCUCCCCAAGCCUGAACCAGAUGCCAAGACGCGAGGGGAGGGGGACGGCCGAGGCUGCGAGAAAGCAGAGAAGAGGCCUGAGAGGCCCGAAGUGAAGGGCGAGCCGCAGCUCAAAGCCAAUGGCGUCCACGCUGGACCAGAACCAGCCUCAGAGCCAGGCAGCCCUUACCCCGAGGGCCCAAGGGUCCCAGGAGGCGGGGAGCAGCCUGCUCAGCCCAACGGCUGGCCGUAUAGCUCCCCCAGUCGGCCGGGGAGCACGGCUUUCCCGUCCCAGGACUCAGAGAGUGGGGGGCAUCGGCGGAGCUUCCCUCCACGUGCCAAUGCUGACAAAAUCGCGCAGCGCAAGAGCUCCAUGAACCAGCUUCAGCAGUGGGUGAACCUGCGCCGAGGGGUGCCCCCUCCUGAAGACCUGCGGAGUCCCUCUAGGUUCUACCCUGUGUCCCGUAGGGUCCCUGAGUAUUACAGCCCCUACUCCUCCCAGUACCCUGACGAUUACCAGUACUACCCGCCAGGGGUGCGGCCAGACAGCAUCUGCUCGAUGCCCGCCUAUGAUCGGAUCAGCCCGCCCUGGGCCCUGGAGGACAAGCGGCACUCCUUCCGGAACGGAGGCGGCCCUGCCUUCCAGCUGCGUGAGUGGAAGGAGCCUGCAGGCUAUGGGCGGCAGGAUGGCACCGUCUGGAUCCCCAGCCCCUCCCGGCAGCCAGUCUAUUAUGAUGAGCUGGAUGCCGCCUCCGGCUCCCUGCGUCGCCUGUCCUUGCAGCCCCGGUCCCACUCUGUGCCCCGCUCGCCCAGCCAGGGCUCCUACAGCCGCGCCCGCAUUUACUCCCCCGUCCGCUCACCCAGUGCCCGUUUUGAGCGGCUGCCACCUCGCAGCGAGGACAUCUAUGCUGACCCUGCUGCCUAUGUAAUGAGGCGAUCCAUCAGCUCCCCCAAGUAUGAUUACCUGGGAGACAGGCGGCCAGUCCCUGCAGGACUGUUCCCCUACAACUACCCACCAUCCCCCACGGUCCACGAUAAGAUGGAUGAACUUUUAGACCUUCAAUUGCAAAGAAACCUAGAGUAUUUGGAUCAGCAGAUGAGUGAGAGCGAGACUCUCAUCAGUAUGGUGAACCGCAUGGUGGAAAACUCCUCCCCCAGGGCCCAACUCUUCAUGCAAGUCCCUCCGUACCCAGAAGUGUUCCGGGACAGCCUCCACACCUACAAGCUAAACGAGCAGGACACAGAUAAGCUGCUGGGCAAGUUGUGUGAGCAGAAUAAGGUGGUGAGGGAGCAGGACCGGCUGGUGCAGCAGCUCCGGGCUGAGAAGGAGAGCCUGGAAAGUGCCUUGAUGGGGACCCACCAGGAAAUGGAGAUGUUUGGGAGCCAGCCUGCCUACCCCGAGAAGCUGCUGCACAAGAAGGAGUCACUGCAGAACCAGCUCAUCAAUAUCCGGGUGGAGCUGUCUCAGGCGACCACGGCCCUGGCAAACAGCACCCUGGAGUACGAGAGCCUGGAGUCUGAGGUCUCGGCCCUGCACGAUGAGCUCUGGGAGCAGCUCAGCUUGGACCUCCAGAAUGAGGUGCUCAACCGGCAAAUCCAGAAGGAGAUCUGGAGGAUCCAGGAUGUAAUGGAGGGGCUGAGGAAGAAUAACCCAUCCCGGGGCACAGACACGGCCAAGCACAGAGGAGGACUUGGCCCCUCCGCCACCUACAGCUCCAACAGCCCCGCCAGCCCUCUCAGCUCCGCCAGCCUCACCAGCCCCCUGAGCCCCUUUUCGCUGGUGUCUGGCUCUCAGGGGUCCCCCACCAAGCCCGGGUCCAGUGAGGAGCCCGGCCCGCCGAGGCCUCCCCUCCCCAAAGCCUACGUCCCCCUGGAGUCUCCUCCCACCGUGCCUCCACUCCCUAGCGAGAGCCGCUUCUGGCCAUACCCCAACUCCCCUUCCUGGCACCGCAGUGGCGAGACAGCCAGGGGUCAGCCCAAGGCAAGCUACGAGCAAAGCAAGAAAGACCCCCACCAGACAUCACCCCUGGAUGCCACUAGAGACAUCAGCCUUGUGCCCACCAGGCAAGAGGUGGAGGCGGAGAAGCAGGCGUCUCUCAACAAAGUUGGCAUUGUGCCCCCACGGACAAAGUCACCCACUGAUGAAGAAGUGACCCCAUCAAGGGUGCUGAGGAGGAAUGCCAACGGGCUCGCCAAUGGACUCGCCUCCCGGCAGGAACGCCCCAAGAGUGCUGUGUUCCCUGGGAGGGCAAGGUCAAGAUGAGCGUGGAGGAGCAGAUUGACCGCAUGCGGCGGCACAGAGCGGCUCUAUGAAGGACAACGGAGGAGCCUGCAGCUCCCGGCCAGCCCGCUCCCGAGCCCAGCACCCGGCCUGCCUACAAAGUGGUAAUGCUCUUUUAGCCCCAACACUGGCUGCUCCCAGGG